AUGAGAAUUCACAUCGACAUCUACUUUUGGACCUAUUCCAAGCCUCAUUCUCACCAGGGUAGUUUGCAAGAGAAAGAUCUAAGCAUGGAGCCAUUUAAUGACCAGGAGAAGCGGCAUCUCCUUGCCGAAAUCAUCAAGCACAGUCAAUUAGAUGUCCAAUAUUUGGAGGAUAUAGUUCGUCAUAUUGAGCCAAACUGGAUGCAAAUGCAACUCCCCAAUGGCCGCAACAUGGCUCAGUGUAUGGAGGCAGCCCAGAACAUGUACAUAGGACAGCGUGGGACAAAGCGGAAAGCUAGCGAAGAAGAAUCGAGCACUCAGAACAACAACGACGGCCAUCUUCCCAGUAGCCAAGCUCUCUCUCUCCUGUCUCAAACUUCUCCAGCGCAAAACUCACCGGCAAACUUCCAGCGCCAACCCGCUACGACUCCUGGGUUUCAUUUGCAGCAACCUCAGCAACCUGAACAGCCUUCCAAGAAGAAGAAGGGUCGUCCGGCAUAUGCAGGUCGGGACGUGACCAGCCAGCGACCUUUCAAUCCUCGACCUAUCGCUCCAAAGCCAUCUGCACAGAACCCACACAAUUCUCACUCCGUCUUUCGUACUAUUGCCCCGGCUCCUCAAGCUGUUGUCCCGCCACGGCCCCCGGGAUCAUUGCAUAGUACAUACAAAGGUCUAAACCGCGCACUUCCUGUGGAGUUUCGAAACGCGCACGGGAAUUUGGAUGCUUACCAGCCUUCCAUCACACCGUCCUCUGGGAUGCUUCAGCCAAAGCAGACAGCAGGAAUCCUAGACCAUAUACCGCAUGGAGAACAGAUGUCUAACCGCCCGAGAUCCCUUAGUGAAGCGGUACCGCGCGUGCAAAAACAAGAAGAUUCUCCAAACAAUCGAUCAAGUUCGUUACAGCCGAUAAGAACUGGCGACCAAAGUCGCAUAAUACAAAGUAGAGCGCCAGAUCAGAUGCAAGAAAUGAAAACAAAAUCGGAUAAGGAGACCACGAAUCGAAGUCAGAGAAAGAAUUAG